AGGAACUGCUUUUCCUAACACGCAUCUUGCAUGCAGCACUGGAGAACUGAAAGAGACCCCGUCGAUUUGGAGUAGCGGCAUACUUUCCUCCUCCAUCACAAACAAAUGGAAAAGAGCACAAAAACAGAAACGUACCUGAUUACAGGUGGGGGAGGGUAUUUUGGUUUCCGCCUUGCGUGUGCGCUCCAUGAAAAGAAAAAAGCCCAAGUCUUCCUCUUUGACGUGAGGCCACCAAGUCAGGAGUUACCAGAGGGUAUGGUGUUCCUUCAAGGUGACAUCCGUGACUAUGAUCAAGUGAAGAAAGCAGUUGAAGGUAUGGACUGUGUCUUCCACAUCGCUUCCUACGGCAUGUCGGGGAGGGAACAACUGAACCGACAUCUGAUCGAGGCGGUGAACAUCCAAGGCACAGAGCAUGUCCUCAGGGCGUGUGUGGAUUAUGGGGUGCCCAGACUGGUAUACACAAGCACCUUCAACGUGGUCUUUGGGGGACAGGUGAUCGAGGGAGGAGACGAGAGUCUCCCCUACCUGCCGCUGCACCUGCAUCCUGAUCAUUAUUCUAGGACCAAGUCGUUGGCGGAGAUGCAGGUUCUGAAGGCGAACGGCACGGCGCUGAAAGAUGGAUCCGGUAUCCUCAGGACCUGCGCCCUGCGGCCAGCGGGAAUAUACGGACCCGGAGAGCAGAGGCACCUGCCUAGGAUCGUGGGAUACAUCGAAAGAGGGAUCUUCAAAUUUGUGUACGGAAAGCCCAGCAGCCUCGUGGAGUUUGUCCACGUGGACAAUCUGGUGUCUUCGCACGUGUUGGCAGCCGAAGCCUUGACCCAGGAGCGUCAGUGUGUCGCCGCCGGUCAAGCUUACUUCAUCUCCGAUGGCAGACCCGUUAACAAUUUCGAAUUCUUCAGACCUCUGGUAGAGGGUCUGGGCUACACGUUCCCCAAAGUGCGCUUGCCCCUGUCUCUCAUCUACUUCUUCGCAUUCCUCACUGAGAUUGUUCACCACUGCGUCGGAAGAGUGUAUAACUUCCAGCCCUUACUGACUCGUACGGAGGUCUACAAGACCGGGGUGACUCACUACUUCAGCAUGACCAAGGCAAGGACUGAACUUGGGUACGAACCUCAGAGAUACGACCUGGACGAAGUUGUACAGUGGUUCAGAAGCAGAGGGCAUGGCAAAAGAAUGCGUAAUACCUCACCAGUCAAACAGUUCAUCCUCAACACAGUGAUAAUAGCUGCUUUUGUGGCUGUCAUACUUUCAUACCUCCCUGUUGUAGGACAGUAAUGAGAAUCUACCAUACCUCCUGAAAUAGUUUUAGAGUAUUUUUUCAAAGUGUUUACAUUCUCUUGGAUUUAAAGUAAGGGAAACCUUAAUAGAUGGAAUUUUAACAUAGGUUAACUGACUUGAUACUUAUGUAACUGUUACUAUACAGUUGAACUUUUCUGAAAGUUUUUUUUGACUGGGGUGCAAGCAAAACAUUCUGCCUCUUUAACACAAUGAAUACCAUUGAGGUGCUAUUUGAAUAAAUGUCGUCUAUCU